GCAGGCGGAGGUUGUUGAGGCUGCUGAGAGAGAGAAAGCAAACAGAGUCUGAAGUUGAAGCCAGUCUUCAGUGCGUUUUGGAACUGGGAAAAGAAAGGGCUAUGAUCCAAACAAGUCAACAGAAGACGACUCGCUCACAAUGCUCUCAAGGACAAUGUCAUAUCACUUCUAAAGGGCCUCUGUUAUCAAUCUUUGCAGACUUUUUCUGCUCCUCAGCAUGAAGGCGCCACUCGGACUAUCCAUGAGCUCCGAUUUCCCGCACUACAGUUUCAGGAUGCCAAAUAUAGGGUUCCAGAACCUUCCCCUUAAUAUCUACAUUGUGGUGUUUGGGACGGCCAUCUUUGUUUUCAUCCUCAGCCUCCUCUUCUGCUGCUACCUAAUAAGGUUACGGCACCAGGCGCACAAAGAGCUAUAUGCAUACAAACAAGUCAUUCAGAAGGAGAAAGUGAAAGAGCUAAAUUUGCAUGAGAUAUGUGCGGUGUGCUUAGAGGAGUUCAAACAGAAAGAUGAGCUGGGGAUUUGUCCGUGUAAACAUGCCUUUCAUAGGAAGUGCCUCAUUAAAUGGUUGGAGGUGAGGAAAGUUUGCCCGCUGUGCAACAUGCCCGUCCUGCAGCUCGCCCAGCAGGCCGGCAGCCCAGAUCCCCCGCCACAAACACAGCAGCCUCUGCCCGGGAUCGAGCACCUUGUUUAGCAGACUUGCACCCUUGUCAUACUUCACACAACAAAAACCCAGUCACACAUCCCAUUGCUCACACUCUCACCUGUACAGGUACACUUUGGUAUGAGUGUGUGGACAGAGCAGAGAAACUGCUCAGACUGUCACAACAAACGGUGAGUCUGCAGCCAUCGUUAACUCUUUUAUCCUUGCAGCGGUUCACAUGAGGACUCGUGAGACUCCAGAGGACUGUUUUUUUGUUGUUUCAUUUUUCCUUUUUCACGGACGAUGAAGAAGAGUUAACGUAGAAGAAGUUUCCUUCAAAAACAGUUUCACAACCAAAGCACUUUUCUGGGGACACCAGCUAAAGACCAGGAGAGGAAAAAAAAACGAGAAGCCAAGAACUACAAUAAACUAAAAUCCUUUUUUUUUUUUAGCAAGCACUUUAUGACAAGUCAAACCUUAAUUGCUUGUGAUCAUAGUAGCAAGAUCAUGUUUUAUAUAUUAUCAUUUAUUUUUAUUUCAAUGUACAGUACAAAGCCACAUAGGUUAAAAAGUUUGAUUUUUCAACAAAUAAUAAUAUCUGAAAGGGACAACAUGUUGGUAGAAAUCAGGACACAUGGACAAUUCUUUGUUUUGUGAUUGCACAAAAACACAUAAUGAAGCUCAAAGCAACCUCGAGACUUGAUGUCUGACUAAAUGUGAAAGGUUUGAAUGUUUUGAAACCCACCAUUUUUACACACUACGUUGAUAGAAAGGUUCCCUCCUCACUGUGUGUCACUCAUCUCAAUGUGAUUGUUUUUUUGUUUUCAAUACAGGAUGUUGAUAAAAUGAACAAAAUCUAUUUUAUUCUUACCUGGUAUAUAUACCAGGUUACCCCAGACAUUACUGAUGAUCUUCCUUUAUCAGAAAAACUUUCAGAAAAUCUGUGUUUCAAAGUAACUACAAAUCGUGUGAUUACUUAACCAGUAUUAUGGUGACACCUGAUGCUUUUUCUUUAGAGCUGCUUUACAGAACAAACAAAAGAAACGAGGCACAAUUAAGUAAGUAAGUCAUUCAAAUGAAACAAAAAUGUUCUAUCUUUAUUUUGCUCUGCUGCUGCCUCAUCUCAUUCACUGAGGCUGACCAGUGAGAAUGUUUUAAGUGGCUCGCUUCAGAUUAAGGCAGAAAAACAAAACUUGUGUAUUUUUUAACCCUAACCUUGCCUCACGUAGCCUGCUAGAAAUGACUGAUAUUCAGUGUAGGCAGACACGAGGAAGAAGCAGGUGUUUGCCUUCACAGCUGCAGUUAUUUUUGCUUUCACCCCAAUAGCCUAGUUAUUCCCAUUUCUGGGUACAGCCGCACAGGGUGCAUGCUGACUGACAACUCCAUCAGAUUUACUGCCGUCAACAUAUCAUCAGCAUAUCUUUUGGACAUGUUACACACUACUCUGUAAAAGACUGUCACUCAUCCACACAGGGAGGGGCUCGAGGGGCCCCCUCGACCCCCAUCCCAGCCAUAGUGUCAGUGGUCAGCAGGUUGUAAUGGAGCAGCAUUUUCAUUCAUACACACACACUUGCAAACAAACAGGGUAGUUCGGCCUUUUGGCCACAGGAUUCUGGUGCUUUCGCCUCUCUCGCUCCCUCUCUCCCCCUCUCUCUCUCUCUCUCUCUCUCUCUCUCUCUCUCUCUGUAAGGUACAGGGUGCUUUUUGUUUUUGUGCCACACAUACAGUAACUGAUCCUGAUCCCCCUCACCUUUUGUGGCUAACUUUUUUGUCCUCUUCUCUCGUUAGCAGAAUUUGGUGAAUGUGUUGAGGGAAAAUUUGCUGAUCUGAAAGAUUUGCCUUUUUUAAUAAAAAAAAAGAAGCCUAUGUGCUUUAAAGAAGUGGACCUGGAUAAGAGGGAUAAGUUUGAGAUGAUCUUUUUCCCAUGAUCAGUAUUGUCAAAUGACAAUCAUACAAUCACAGCAAAGGCAUUAAACCAAAUCUAAACCAAGAGUAGUCCCUCUUUAAGUAAAAUUAAAAAAAAAAAAUGAAUAUUCUAUCAGGAUUUUAAAAAAGGAAAUCAUUUUGUCAACAUUUAAUAUUGACUUUAUGAUGUGUUCUAGUGUUGGGAAAUGCCUGUGUGGUCUAAUGUUUAAAAAAUCACUCAUGGACAAAUUGGCAACUUAACAGGCCUAUUUUAAAAAAAAUUCUAGUCAAGGAGAAAAAAUCCAGUUAAAAUCAGACUUACACUACAACUCAAGUACCUUUUAUAAAAGUGCAACAAUCUAAGAACUAUACAUUGAUUGUGGCUUUCACCAUCCUAAUCCGACUCUAUUUGCAUGCACUAAACACUUGUCAGUUCAUAUAGGCAUACCAUUUCCCAAACCAUGGAUUGAUCAAAAGUGACAUUGCAUUCAGGCUGUUAUUAAAGAAGAUUAUUGUUACUGUGGCCUCUGUGGUGGUCUGACCUAACCCCCCACAGGCGUGAACUCUGUUCCAAUGUCAGAAAAAUGUCAUCUGUAAACUGAAACAACAGCAGAAGUGAUUUUCUAUUCUUUGUCGCCCCUCCAUGGUCUGGCAGAGCUAUGACAUUAAUGCACCUCUAUACUACCACUGAUGGAAAAACAAUGAACAUUCUGAGACCAUUUGAAUUCAAAUGAACAUAUUUGAACAAAACUGCCACAAUAUUAGAGAAGUGUUUUUAAUUUUCUGGCCUGUUAUUGAAGUUGUGGCUUUAUGUUGAAGAACAUAAAGCAGCAAAAGAGCCUUCCUCAGUAUGACGUGGAACAUUAUUUGGUACCUAUCUGCUUCCUGGUCUUGGGUUAUGAAGAGGCUCUGACUGUUUUGUUUAACUUGCUUCUCACCCUAAAUGUUUCAGUUUUCAAAUUUAUAUUCUAAAUAACAGCACCCCCAAUAAAUCAAUAUACAAACUUUGUAUGGGUGAGUACUGUUGCUACUGUCCCUGAACGAAGAUCUUUUUUUGUAGCUCAUUACAAAUGACACAAAUCUUAAAGCUUUACUCCCGCUAACAGAUCUGUCUCAGAGUGGAAGGUUCAUGAGAGUAAUCGAGGAGAUUAAAUGUGAAAGUAUGCUAUUUUGCAUAAUCCUGUUGCCACUGAUAUCACCUUUGAUACAUGUAAGUAGACAGUAUUGUCACUAGUGGUGUAUUUAUACAAAAGGUGCACAAGAAAUGCUCCUUCCUGUAAAACUAAAUGACAGCUGAACACUUCCAGCCAUUUAGAUGUCUUGAGUGUUGUGUUUGAUUGUAAACACGUUUAGCCUUUCCUUCCUAACUUCUCCUUUUCAUCCUUGUGUGCUGUCCUAAUCCCACUAAAAUCAAAAGUGCCAACCCAAAGUUAACAUUUACAAGUUAUGUCCAAGCCAGGAAGAAGGAAUUUUUAAAGAGAUUAAAGAGAUUGGUGAGAUUUUCUCUUUCAGGUUAUGGCCCAAAACAAAAAGAGAGAAGAAACUCAGCCAUGUAUAAAUGUAUCAGUGACUUCCUGCCACUGAAAUUAACAUUGACGUCAAACUGCUUCUGAGUUAUGUCUAUUAUGAAUAUACAUAACGCAAUCAGAUAGCAGGGAACGCAGCAUCAUGUCAAAAAUGUACUGUUGUUCAAAGUAGAAUAUGUCUGAUAGCCAUAAAUAAGAUUGGCUCUUGGCUCUGGCAGGAUAUGAAAAAGCAUGGCUGGAACAUAAAUGAAAAAACAGACGUAAACAUUUGGUUGUCAAAUCCUCUAAAUAUGUGAAGGAUUUUCUUGUAUUCCCAUGGUUGUUGUUUUUCUACGACACAUUUAGGAGUUUAAAUCUCCACCACUGCUCCCUGAAGGAGACUUCCUUAUUGAUAUGUUUAAUUAUUUAUUCCUCUGUAGCCUAACCUCUCAGACUCACAAAUAAUUAUGUCCAAAAAAAAAGCCUCGCACCUUAACCAGUGCAUCCCCACCUUACCCCCAACCCUCCCUCUCUGUUUGUUAACACUGAUUAUGUUUGUGGACUCUCACAGACAUUGUUUGUAAAACUAAGAAUUCUGCAGCAGAAUAUUUUUUGGAGACAAUUGCUGUACAGUAUUUGUAAGCUCUAUUUUUGUAUAUUGCUAUUUUGAAGAAAAUAAUAUGAAUUUCUUUUCUUUUCUUGUUUUUGCUAAUUUCAUGUAAAUUCAUUUUAAGAAAAUGUUGCAUGUGACUGACUUGACUUGUAAAUAAAAUUUCCAAGCUUUGGAAAGA